CAGUUGACCUUCACGUUCUGGAUUGGCUAUAGUUUUCAAUACAAUAAUUUCUUUAAAAAUUUCCUUAUAGUUCCGAUAUAGUACUAUUUUCCAAAAGUAUUUUUUCUAGAAAGAUGGCCCAGAACCUCGCGACCCGCAAGCCAGCGGUUCCUGGUAAACCCAAGACUACAAAGUUCGCCGAAUCGACUGCAGUGAAGGGUAAGGUACCCUCGAAUCAGUCUGCUCAGAGUCAGUUGGGCUUCCGUAAGCAGACCCAGGACACUCCGACCAAGACCAAGCCUCAGGAUGCCAUAGGGCAGGACGUGCGGAUUCCCAGUCAGGGGACCAGGAUGCCCGCACGUUGGAAUCUACCCGUAGCAGACGUCACUACUGCUGGUUACAACUCGUAUCAGAGAUUAAUGAACGCUCCAGUCAAAAGCCCUAGGAUCGCGAUACCCGUGGCCACAGCUCAGCAUGUUCCGCUCAAAAAGUCAAAAGGUUCGAAAGAGGUAAGGGCCAAGCCUAGGUCAAAGUCGCCCAGUCCCGAAAAGAGCAACCGCAACAAGAGCUUCUUCGACAAGUAUCUGAAGUUUGCCUACGAUCUGAGCACCCCCGAGGGUGUGCGCCAGCUGGAGGCGCAUUUCUUCCCCACUGAUAUAUUGGCGGAUCAGCCGAGCACCAGCAAGGGUGCUACCACCACGACGACUACACCCAAUAAUAUUGUCAGCAAGCAAAUGAUUUCCACAAACGAUCCACGUCCGGCCAACGAGGAACCGAACAAGCGCGAUAAUUCGAUUGAGACCAUUCUCGAGAGGAGCAAAUUCUACUAGCAAAAGAAAGGGGCGUUGCCAUGUGCAGC